AUGAAUGAAAAUAGCGGUAGUGACACAGAAUCCGAAACACUCAACGAUCUUCAACCAAUGUCUGCUGCUGCUGAAGUUGAGACUGGUGAUUCUGAAGACCGGAUUCAACAACUAUAUUUAUCAUCAUUGCAUGCACACAUAUGUCAAAGGCGAGGAUCUGAAGAACUACGCGAUGAAUGGCAGUGCACGUCAGCUGUAUCCAGUUGCAAAACAAUGAAAUCGUUGCUAAAUCAUAUGACAUCAUGUCAAAAGCUACAGAACUGCAUGGUGCCAUAUUGUAGCUCUUCGAGGGAACUAAUAAACCAUUGGAAUGAUUGUGUGAGAAUUGUUUGUUCAAUUUGUUUGCCACUGAGACAAGCGGAUGAACGCAGCACUAGUCCUUUUCAUUGGGAAUUUGCCCUACACCUUGCCGCUACCAAUAACAACAUCGAAUGGGGCCAAUUAUUGAUGAUAAAAGGAAUGGACGUUAACGCACGCAACCCGUGCAAUCAGACACCUUUACACGUUGCUGUUAUGUACGACAACCUUGAGUUUGGACGAUUGUUAAUCGAAAAUGGAGCAGAUAUUGCUACCAACUCCGAUUAUAUAGGAACGCCCUUACACUUAGCUGCUCAAGAUGGCGGCGGUAUGAAUAAGUUGCAAUUUGAAAAUUUAGCGGGUGUUCGAGCUAAGGGCAAUAAGGAAACAUACCCAUUCAGGAAAUUAUUGCAUUCAUUUGAAUUUGGUCGAUUGCUAAUCGAAAAAGGAGCGGAUGUUAACGCUAAAACCAAUAGCAAUCAGACAGCUCUACAUUAUGCCGCUAUAUAUGGUAACAUUGAAGUGGGUCGAUUAUUACUAGAAAACGGAGUUGAUGUCAAUUGGAAGGAUACCAGUGAAACAACACCCUUACACUUUACUGCUCAUAAAGGAGACAUGGAAUUUGGUCGGCUACUACUCGAAAAUGGGGCCGAUAUUAAUGCUAAAACCAAUGAAGGGGAAACCCCAUUAUAUUUUGCUAUAUUAAACAAAAAAUUUGAAUUUGGACGGCUCCUAAUUGAAAAUGGUGCAGAUAUUAAUGCGAAGGACAAAUAUAAAAGAACACCCUUGCAUUUGGCUGCUAGUGAUAAGAACAGCGAAUUUACUUGGUUGCUAAUUGAAAAUGGUGCUGAUAUUAAUGCUGAAACCAUGGCAAAUGAGACAGUUUUACAUUCUGCCGCUAAAGGUGGGGACAUUGAAUUGGGUCGACUACUACUCAAAAAUGGAGCGGAUGUUCACGCUAAAAGCGAAAGAAAUCAGACAGCUUUACAUCAUGCCGCUUGGUAUGGAAACAUUGAAGUGGGUCGGCUACUCCUGGAAAAUGGGGCCGAUGUUAACGCUAAAACCAAUGAUGGGAAAACCCCAUUAUAUUGUGCUACAUUUAAUAACGAAUAUGAAUUUGGACGGCUCCUAAUUGAAAGUGGUGCAGAUAUUAAUGCGAAGGACAAAUAUAAACAAACACCCUUGCAUUUGGCUGCUAGUGAUAAGAACAGUGAAUUUGCUUGGUUGUUAAUUGAAAAUGGCGCUGAUAUUAAUGCUAAAACCACGUCAGAUGAGACAGUUUUACACUGUGCCGCUAUGAGUGGAGACAUUGAAUUGGGUCGGCUAUUACUCGAAAAUGGGGCGGAUGUUACAGCUGAGCUCCCUUGGAAAGGAACACCAAUAUUUGUUGCCGCGAGGUGUGAAAACAUUGAAUUCGUUCGUUUGCUUAUCGAAUAUGUAGGAGAUGUUAACUCACUUUUACAGUUUGCCGCUAGUACGGGAAACAUUGAAUUGGGUCAGCUACUUCUUGAAAAUGGAGCGGAUUUUAGAGCUAGUACCAUAUCAAGACAAACACCCAUAUUUGUUGCCGCGGAGAAUAAUAAUCUUGAGUUUAUUCGCUUGCUAAUCGAAUAUGGAGAAAAUGUUAACAUUAAGAACUAUAAUGGAGAAACCCUAUUACACUUUGCCGCUAAUACUAAAAACAUUGAAUUGGGACAACUUGUUCUCGAACAUGGAGCAAGUGUUGACGCUAGAGACAACACUGGAAAAACGCCUUUACAUUGUAUUGUUUCUAAGUCUUAUAAUGAUAGUACGGCUGAAUUUUUCUGUAUGUUGUUGUAUUACAACGCGUCUGUAAAUGAAGCGGAUGAUUUGGGAUACGUGCCAUAUAUUUCUGCCAUAUACUCCAUAAAUCUUGAAAUUGCGGAUAUGUUAUAUAUUUAUGUAGACGAAUUGGAUUAUAUAUUUGUACUUCUCACACUAAAAGUAAUGAUGCAUUUAUUUAUAUUUAACGAUUCUAUCCCUGACUACUAUUUAGCACAUUUAAACAAAGCAAAAAUAGAUGAGGGUACAGACGAACAAUUACUUAAGGACAUUAAUCAGAUUGGUUUUGGGCCAAUAUACACAUGGUUUACUCAUUGCCAUAACAGUAUAAAAUGGGUUUGGUUACUUUUAAGUAAAGGGUUUCCAGUGACAUUAGAGGACAUUCAAGUCUUUUAUGAAACGAAAGGUUUUUGUGAAGAAAUUGAAGCAAUUUUAUCGUCGGAAGUGCCUAUCAGGUAUGAUAAUUAUUGUGGAUCUUAUAUAAAAAAGUUAAUCUAUAAUCGAAUCGACAAUUACGAUUAUUACUUUACGACAAAUAAUUACUUUGCAAAAAAGGGACAUGUUCCUAGCUUAGUACAAAUCGCGCGAGAUCGUUGUAGGAAAGAUAUUUUCAACGAACAUCAAACAGGUGCUAAUUAUAAAGCCUAUAAUGUUAUUAUGCGGAUGGAAAUUCCUAAAUUAAUCAAAGAUAUUCUAUUAUUAAAACAUCCAAUUUAUAUAGUAAAUUGAAUAAAAAAUAUUAUGUAGAGACGAUUGAAAUACAGAACAGAUUUUGUAAUUUUGAGAUAAAAUUAAUAUUAAUGCAACAAAAAAUUAAGAUGAUGGCCCUAUACAGCCCACAAGACUAUAGAAAUCCUAUCCAAAGAAAAGAGAGAAGAAUUCUAUUAGGGAACACUGUCAUACCAGGAAUCAAAUAGAUUUCACGAAAACCAUAUCAUUAUUAACAAUUGAUU